AUGACACAGAAAACGACUUUGAAGGAGUUUGAGGCUGUCUUUCCGAAGCUCGAGGAGACGCUGCUUAGACAUGCCAAAAAGUACGGCCUCCCCGAGGAGUACCUGCAAUGGUAUAAGAAGAGUCUCGAGACCAACCCCUUGGGCGGGAAGUGCAACCGAGGCAUGUCUGUGCCAGACUCGGUGUCGGUCCUGUUGGGCCGCGCAUUGACCGAAAAAGAGUACUUCCAGGCCGCUACUCUCGGUUGGCUGACCGAGCUCUUGCAAGCUUUCUUCCUUAUUUCGGAUGACAUCAUGGAUAGCAGCAUCACGCGCCGCGGCAAUCCCUGCUGGUACAGACAGGAGGGUGUAGGAAUGGUUGCUAUUAACGAUGCGUUCAUGCUGGAGUCCGCUAUCUACACUCUGCUUCGCGAGCAUUUCCGCUCGCAUCCGUCCUACGUGGAUAUGAUCGAGCUGUUUCACGAGGUGACUUUCCAGACUGAGCUCGGACAGCUGACGGACUUGUUGACGGCACCAGAGGACAUCGUCAAUCUGAACAACUUCAGUCUCGAAAAAUACAGAUUCAUCGUGAUCUACAAGACUGCCUACUAUUCAUUCUAUCUACCGGUGGCGUUGGCAUUGCAUCUACUCGAGUUGGGAACACCGGAAAACCUAAAGACAGCUGAGAGUAUUUUGAUUCCUAUGGGCGAGUAUUUUCAAGUGCAGGACGACUACCUCGACAACUUUGGCUUGCCGGAACACAUUGGCAAAAUUGGCACUGACAUUAUGGACAACAAAUGUUCGUGGCUCGUAAACCAGGCACUAAAACUGGUUACGCCUGAGCAGCGGGCAGUGCUCGAGGCAAACUAUGGACGCAAGGAUAAAACACAUGAGGCUGUUGUCAAGAAGCUGUACGAUGAGCUCAACUUGGAGAAGCUGUAUAAGGACUAUGAAGAGGAACGUGUCAGUGGACUCCAUGAACAGAUUGCCAAGGUUGACGAGAGCAAGGGUCUGAAGAAGGGGGUCUUCGAGGCUUUCCUGUCCAAAAUAUACAAGCGCAGCAAGUAA